AUGGGCACAUUCAGAAAAUGGACACAACACAUACACACCACAGCCAAGCAUACAUUGCAAUCCAUUCUAUUGACCGCAAUAGAAUGCUUCUUUCGUUGUCUGACAUCAGCGGCAGGAGGGGACCCCCUGGGAACCAAGGGAGACUUCUGUGGGCACAUCUGUGCCUGCAGGCACCGCGUUGGCAAUCUGCGAUCUAACUCCACAACCUCUGUGCUCUAUCCGCUCUCAACCUCCCGGUCGGUGCAGGACUACCGCACUGUUUCUAUCACUCCUGUUAUCUGUGCCUUCUUUCCCUGUUCCCCCGUCUGUACAAAGACGUGCCCUUCGCACCAAAAAGCCCUACUAACUCCUGGCACUAGGAGCCCCCAGAACCUAAAAACGUCCCUCAUCGAGGCACCACCUUUAUGCGUUGCUCUUGUUCAGUCUCCAGUUGCUCUGAUGGUUUUUGUGUAG